GUUUUAUGUCGCGUGGUUAGCUUUAUAAAUGGGAUGCAGACGGUCCUGAUGCUGGGAUUCGGGGGCGCGCAUUACAUCACUUCUCUCCCACGUGAUUGGCUCCUGGUCAACUCCUCCGCCAGAAUCCCACAGUAGUCAUCACCUCCACCCUGUAACACCAGCUCUUAUUUAGAUCCUCGCGUUUUGGGAGCGCGGCAUCGUCCUUUACACUGGCGGCUCCAUGAUGGCCGAGAGCGAGGCAGACACGCCGAGCACGCCGAUCGAGUUUGAGAGCAAAUACUUCGAGUUCGAUGGGGUCCGCCUGCCACCUUUCUGCAGGGGGAAGAUGGAGGAAAUCGCCAACUUCUCGCUAAGAAGCAGCGACAUUUGGAUCGUAACCUACCCAAAGUCAGGAACCAGCCUGCUUCAGGAAGUUGUGUAUCUGGUGAGUCAGGGCGCAGACCCCGAUGAGAUUGGCGUCAUGAACAUCGAUGAACAGCUACCUGUCCUGGAAUAUCCCCAACCUGGCCUGGAUAUCAUACAGGAGCUGACCUCUCCCCGUCUGAUCAAGAGCCAUCUACCGUACCGAUUCCUCCCCACAGCUCUGCAUAAUGGAGAGGCAAAGGUGAUCUACAUGGCUCGCAAUCCAAAGGACCUUGUGGUGUCUUACUACCAGUUCCACCGCUCUCUCAGGACCAUGAGCUACCGCGGAACCUUCCAGGAGUUCUGCCGACGCUUCAUGAAUGACAAGUUGGGUUACGGAUCCUGGUUCGAUCAUGUGCAGGAAUUUUGGGAACAUCGGAUGGAUUCCAAUAUCCUCUUCUUGAAAUAUGAGGACAUGUACAAGGAUUUGGGGACGUUGGUGGAGCAGCUGGCCCGAUUUCUUGGCGUCUCUUGUGACAAAGCGCAACAUGAAGGCAUGGUGGAGAGCUGCAACCAACUCAUCGAACAGUGCUGCACCUCAGAGGCCAUGUCCAUGUGCAGAGUGCAUGGAAGUCUGGUGUCUGCUCUUCUGUAAACCUUUACACAAGUCAGUCUUUUGUGAUUCACCCUCUCAGGUCGCGUGGGACUCUGGAAGGACGUCUUCACAGUCUCCAUGAACGACAAGUUUGACUCGGUCUACAGAGAGAAGAUGGGCAAGUCUGACCUGACCUUUGACUUCUCCCUGUGAGGACCCAAAGCAACCAAACACAACAAAUGUACACUUGCUGCCAAAAGACUCCCGACUCCCUCUGUUCCGACACUCGGAUCAUGCUACAAGACCAGUUGUGAUGCGACAGCACGGUGACAAUAAAUCCAGUGAUGCUAAUGUUGAAGAAGAUGUAGCACUCUAGUCCACCCUCUCCUGAUAGCGAGGAGUUUCAACCUGUAACUGCCAUCAAGAAAACCUUCUGCGACUCCCAGUAGUGACACGGCAGCAUAGAUAGCAACAUCAGAUCUUGACUGGACACCUGUGAAUGUCUCAGCAGAUGUCACCACCUCACGCUAGAGGACACUCGGUCACAGUUUACAGCAAUGUUCCGCUCCCCCAUCCACAUUCUGAGAACAUUUUUAUACGUGCCGGUCGGUGUGUUGUAUUAUAUUUGUUUUGCUUGCUGAUUUCUUAAUAAAGUUCUUCAGCCGA